GGCUUCAGGGCAACCCUCGGCUCCUCCUUGCUCGCUCCCGUGCUCUCGAACACGCCCCGCCUCGCUUGCACUGGUAGCUGGUCUCAGGGCAAGAGCAAGGAAGCGUAGACACGAGGAGUAAGCCAGAGUGUAGAGGAGGAAGCCGAAGCGUAGACAAAGUGGUGCAGGGAGGUGACGAGUCACACGGCAUGUACCGUGAUCGCCGUCGGUGGCGUGUGAUGGGGCGGGACCCUGAUCCCGAACCCAUCAACUCAGCAAUCCUGUGCGCUGACAGUUCCUUCCCGUUCGGGUGCUCUCCGUGCUUGGGAGAUUUAUCCAGCGGCGGGCGAGACUCGAUGCUCAAGAGAGCAUUAGCUCAUUGAAAUAAAAGACCUGAGACUGCUACCGGGCUCUA